CUCUCUCUAUCUCUAUCUCUCUCACCCUCACCCUCUCUCUGUGUCGCCGUAUCUCUCCUUUCCCCUCUCUCUCCAUCUCCUUAUCUUUUCUCCUUUCCAAAUAGAUUGCGGGAAAGAAGAAAAAUGCGGGCAUUCGGUUUGCACAGCGGCUUUCAUUCAUUUCGGGCAAUAAUCUUUCCUCGGGACAUCGCAUUUGGUGUAGGGAAAUGUGAACAGGCUUAAAGUAUGGAAUGCAAAGAUGGUUUCUGCCAAGAAGGAGAUGGUGAUUGCGAUGUCCUCCAGUUACAUUUCCAUUCUGAUUUACUUUCUCUGCGUGACAGCAUGCAUAAGAAAAUGUUCAGGACACAUCAAAAAGGAUGAAAAGCUAUACCCCGAAAAUUUCACGCGCAUAUUAGACCGACUUCUGGAUGGCUAUGACAACAGACUGCGACCUGGAUUCGGAGGUCCAGUUACAGAAGUCAAAACCGACAUAUAUGUGACAAGCUUUGGGCCAGUAUCUGAUGUUGAAAUGGAAUAUACAAUGGAUGUUUUCUUUCGUCAAACAUGGGUAGACAAGAGACUGAAAUAUGAUGGCCCCAUUGAAAUCCUCCGGCUAAAUAACCUCAUGGUCACCAAAGUUUGGACACCUGACACUUUCUUUAGAAAUGGAAAAAAAUCAGUUUCACAUAACAUGACAGCUCCAAACAAGUUAUUCAGGAUAAUGAGAAAUGGUACUAUUCUGUACACAAUGAGGCUUACAAUAAGUGCAGAGUGUCCAAUGAGACUUGUGGAUUUCCCUAUGGAUGGACAUGCUUGCCCUCUUAAGUUUGGAAGCUAUGCAUACCCAAAAACUGAGAUGAUUUACACAUGGACUAAAGGACCCCAAAACUCAGUAGAAGUUCCAGAAGAAUCUUCUAGUUUGGUUCAGUAUGAUCUGAUUGGACAGACGGUGUCAAGUGAAACUGUUAAAUCCAUUACAGGUGAAUAUAUUGUGAUGACAGUGUAUUUCCAUUUGAAACGAAAAAUGGGCUACUUUAUGAUUCAGACAUAUAUACCAUGCAUUAUGACAGUGAUCUUAUCUCAAGUGUCAUUUUGGAUAAAUAAAGAGUCUGUUCCUGCUAGAACAGUUUUUGGUAUAACAACUGUCUUGACAAUGACAACACUAAGCAUCAGUGCUCGGCAUUCCCUACCAAAGGUUUCAUAUGCUACAGCAAUGGACUGGUUCAUCGCUGUCUGCUUUGCUUUUGUAUUCUCUGCUCUCAUUGAAUUUGCAGCUGUCAACUACUUUACAAAUGCUCAAAUAGAAAAGGCUAAAAAGAAGACAGUAAAAAAUCCACCUGCAUCUAAGCCUACACCCUCAAAGAAAUCUAAUGAAAAUGAAGAAGUGCAACAGAAUGCUGACACAAAUGGCAAUUUGAGGAAAAGAAUGAACUACAUGACUCAGACAGAUCCCAGCAAUGGACAAAGAGUUGACUCUGGAAGCAAUAACAAAGAUGGAAUUAUGAGACAGCCUUUGGUUGGCCAGGUACCUUCCCCUGGUGCUCCAUUGUCUUUACUUCAUUCUAGUCCCAAUCCAUUCAGCUAUGUAAGUGCCACCUCACCAGCUUUACCAGCAAGGAGCACUCCUCCAGCUCCACCAUCAACGCCUACUUUGCCCAGUCGUGUGCCAUUAAAUGCACUAGUUGGGCCUGCUUCAAUUCAGAAUCUUCUAGGUGCUAAGCUUGAACAUAUCCAGACCACAGCGAAUAAAAUGGAAAUACAUCUAAAGCAACCAUCACCAAGUCCUGCUCCAUCCAGUCCUUCGCCAGGUGCUGGAACAAGUAAAAUUGACAAGUAUGCACGCAUACUGUUUCCAGUUACCUUUGGAGCUUUUAACAUGGUGUACUGGGUGGUAUACUUAUCCAAGGACACAAUGGAAUCAAAAGAAGGCUGAAAGACUUAUCUUAUUAGAGAAACUUUUCUAUACAGUUUAAGCAAAAAAAUGGCCAAAUUAUGUAGGGGCUUCUUUCAAUCUAAUUUUUAAAGAUGUCAUACUUUUGUAACAUUACUAACAAGGUAUCCAACAAUGAUUAAAUUACCUCACAGUAAUCUGUAUUAAAUAUGUACUCUGCAUAAAGUCAGAUUUUAAAAUGCAUUAAUAUGAUGUCAGCUAUACCUUUAAACAGCAUGUACAUGGAAAUAUAUUCCGGUAUAUCAAAAUUAUAAACAAUUUGUGUUUGUUUCCCAAUUGAUGUACCUGGAUAUUAGUGUCAAACUAUGUAAUCUAGCAAUACCUGAUAUUUCCAGCUUGUUUGCUUUUGUUUAGAGAGAAAAUGCCUAACAUUUUAGGCCCAAUUGUACUGUUAUAAUCCUAAUUUUAUUUUGAAUUUGCACACCACUCAUAAUACAUAAAAGGUGUAGUCUGCAGGAAUGAUAUGUCUAUGACAAAUCAUGUACAGUAGUAUUAAGACUGGAAUUAUAUUACACUUUUUGAUAUAUUUUUUUCCUUUCUGUGGAUGGGUUGGGCUCUGGAUGGUUGAAUGUUUUUAGUUGUUUUUCUAAUAUAAAAUAUUUUAGAUUUGUUUGGUUUUAAUACAGUUCUCUUUACCAAUGUCUAUUCCGAAUACUCCAAGAAUUUUACAUAGUGCUAGUUGUAUGGCUCAGCUAAUUUUACACUAACGAACGUUUUUCAAAUAUAAAAGUGUUUAAAACAUGUAUACUUCUUGAUAGUUGUUAAGGUUUAAAGCAUCCAAGUCAAAGUUCAUAUUGCCUUUUAAAGCGCUUUGUGGUAGUGCUUAGUACAAACAAAAAUGAUGUACACAACAAAGAACAACCGAUAGACUUAAAUUUUAAAAGUCAGGUGUUAAUUUAAAUUGUUUGGAAAUAAUUCAUAUUGGAAAUAAAUGUGAUUCAAAGAGUA